AUUUAAUUUAGUCCCCUCAAAGUUUUUUUAAGAAAGCUUACAAAAGAAAAGAUGUUGUCAAGGAAAAUAACAUGCAACUCACACGGCCAAGAUUCUUCCUACUUCUUAGGAUGGCAAGAGUACGAAAAGAACCCAUACCAUCCUAUUCAUAAUCCAUCCGGGAUUAUUCAGAUGGGCCUCGCUGAAAAUCAGCUUUCUUUUGAUCAUCUGGAAUCAUGGAUUGCGAAAAAUCGGCCAAACGAGUGGUUUGAGCAAAGGGGUGGAUCCAUGUUCAGGGAGUUGGCUCUUUUCCAGGAUUAUAAUGGUUUGCCUGAAUUUAAGAAGGUAUUAGCAGAGUACAAUAGUAAAAUAAGACAAAACAAGGUGAAAUUUGAGGCCAACAAGCUUGUACUCACAGCUGGUGCAACCUCAGCUAACGAAACUCUCAUGUUUUGCCUUGCUGACCAUGGUGAAGCUUUUCUUAUCCCGACCCCAUAUUAUCCUGGGUUGGAUAGGGACCUCAAAUGGCGCACGGACGUAAAACUCAUCCCUAUAACUUGCACAAGCUCCAACCACUUCCGAAUCACAUCUCCCGCCCUUCACCACGCCUACCAACACGCCCAAAACCUCCACCUCAAAGUCAAAGGCAUUUUCAUCACAAACCCUUCAAACCCCCUCGGCACUUCCCUCACUCACCAAGAACUAAACUUACUCCUCACCUUCGCCAUCCAAAACAACCUCCACAUAGUCAGCGACGAGAUUUACGCCGGCACAGUUUUCUCCUCCCCCGAAUUCAUAAGCAUUCUCGAAGCCCUAAAAAAUACGAAUGACUCGACAAUUUCUAGCCGAGUCCACGUGGUGUCCAGCCUGUCAAAAGACCUCGGCCUCCCGGGCUUUCGUAUCGGCAUGAUAUACUCUGAGAACGAAACCCUGAUAUCGGCCGCCACGAAAAUGUCGAGCUUCGGGCUCAUCUCGUCGCAGACGCAACACCUCGUCUCGAAAAUACUCGCGGACGAAGGGUUUGUGGACGAGUACGUUAGGGUUAAUGGGGCUCAGUUGAGUAAAAGGCGGGAAAUGCUGGCGGAGGGGCUCGGGAGGAUGGGGAUAGGGUGUUUGGAGGGAAACGCGGGGCUUUUCUGUUGGGUGGACAUGAGGCAUUUGCUUGUGGAGGCGAGUUUCGAGGCCGAGAUGGAGCUCUGGGAGAAGAUGUUGAGGGAGUUCGGGUUGAAUGUUUCGCCGGGCUCGUCUUUUCACUGCUCGGAGCCCGGUUGGUUUCGCGUGUGUUUCGCGAACGUGGAGAAACGGACGCUGGAUUUGUCGGUCGAGAGGAUUCGGGCGCUUGUGGAGUCGAGGCUCGAGGGAAAGGAAAUUUGAAGGAAUUAAUAUUGAGAAGUGUUUGUAUGUAUUUAUUGGAAAAAUUUCGACUCUGGUCUGUUUACUGGUUUAAAGUCCUUUUUCGGUAAAUUAGUAAGUUAUGUUGCAAUUUGUAUCAUUUUCAAGAAAUUAAUCCUAAAAC